AUGCUGCUUCUCCUUCUGAUCUCAAGUGCUUUUGUCCUGCCCUGGGCUGGGGCUGGAAGGAUCAUUGGUGGGAAGGUGGUUGUGCCCCAUUCCAGACCCUACAUGGCUUAUUUAAAAAUCAAAGUUACAAAUAAGACUGGCACAUUUCAUUCUUACUGUGGAGGGUUCCUGAUUCAGCCAGAUGCAGUGCUCUCAGCAGCUCACUGUGUGCCUGAAGAAGGGAGAGUUGAGGUCACUGUGAUUCUGGGAGCCCACAACAUCCAUGACGAAGAAGAGAGCCAGCAGUGGAUCAGUGUUAGAGACUGGGUUUUCCAUCCUGACUAUUGCCCUGUUACCCUACACAAUGACAUUGUGCUGAUGAAGCUGAAGAAAAAGGCCAAGAUCAAUAAGAAUGUGAAACUUAUCUCCUUACCCAGUAGCAAUGAACGUGUGAGAACAGGAACUAAAUGUGAGGUGGCUGGAUGGGGCUGGACAUCUUUGUAUGGGAGCAAGACUGAUGUGAUGAGGGAGGUGGAACUGAAGGUGCAAAAUGACAAACCAUGUCAGAAGGUAUUCCGUAGAUACCAGCGUCGGUCCAUGAUGUGUGUUGGUGAUCAGAACAGUGGAAAGUCAACUUACAAAGGUGAUUCUGGUGGCCCAUUAGUCUGCAAUCAGAAGGCUCAUGGCAUUGUUUCUCAUGGACUUGAAAGCCGCCUCUUCCCUAAGGUAUUUACAAUGGCCUCCUAUUUUGAGCCCUGGAUACGUCAGCAGCUGAGGAGGUUUGCACUCCAAGAGCUGCCUGCCUCUCCAUCCUCCCAAUAAAAUGCUCAGUGCCCCUUCUCCACAGUGCAUCAAACACCUGCUGGUGCUCAGAAGCUCCCAGGGGCAGCUGAGCUGGGCUCAGAGAAGCCCCCGUGGUGCAGGCACA